AUGGCAACAAGAGAUUUAGGAAACCGAAUGAUGAAAAUCGUGAACUGGGCACACACGCUAUCUGCCUCCCGGACACAGCACUGCCCCCUCAAACUACAGAUAAUGGUGCCAUUUGCUCAGCUCCCCUGGACUUUGGUCCCCUCAUCUUUAGAAGGACAAAGACGCUUCUGCAGUGGAUACAGCACCGGCUGCCGCUCUGCGUCCCGCGGCCGCCGCCCGGGGUGGGCCUGCGGCCCGAGCGGCUGCGGGCACAGCGGGCUGUGCGGCCCGGGCCCUGGCGGGCCGGCCUGCGUCUGCCCGGCCGGGCGCUCGGGUGCGAGGUGGCGGCCGCGGCGGCCGCGUGCGCCUCGGGGCCCGGCCGCCACGCGGUGCCGGGGCGCGGGCGCCGGCUACGCCUGCUUCUGCGUGCCGGGCUUCCAGGGCGGCCGCUGCGAGACAGAUGUGGACGAGGCGCCUGGGGCCUGCGCGCCGCCAGCCGCCUGCCUCGACCGCCCGGGCCGCUACGCCUGCGUCUGUCCGCGGGGCCGCGCGGGGCUGCGCAUCCACUGUGAGGUGGAAAUGGAUGGGUGCUGGUCUCAGCCUUGUGUCAAUGGAGCAACCUGUCAGGAUGUUCUUGGGGCGUACUUCUGUGACUGUGCCCCGGGAUUUCUAGGUGAUCAUUGUGAAUUCGAUCUUGAUGAGUGUGCCAGUCAACCAUGUCUCCAUGGAGGUCUGUGUGUGAAUGGAGAAAACAGAUACCGCUGUAACUGCACAGGGAGCAGAUUCAUGGGGCCUCGCUGUGAGACCUCGAUGCCUCCUUGCUGGUCAAACCCUUGUGACAACAAUGCCACUUGUGAAGACACUGCUGACGGUUACAUGUGUCACUGCUGGCCUGGCUUCACAGGAAUCCACUGUGAAGGAGACGUGGACGAGUGUUCAUCGAGCCCCUGUCAGAACGGCGGCAGGUGCCAGGCCUUGCCGGCGGGCUACACGUGCCACUGUCCAGUUGCUAACGGUUCUUGGCCGUCUUUCGGGGGAGAGGACUGCGCGCAGGCCCUCCUGGGCUGCGCUGGUGGCCCGUGUCUCAAUGCCGGGCUGUGCAUCCCGCCUCGGCAUGGCCAGCACGGGUUCACCUGCCUGUGUCCAGCGGGCCACGCGGGGGCCGUGUGUGACACGGUCACCACGCUUUCCUUCAAUGGCAGCGGCUUCCUGGGGGUCCCAGGAAGCACAGGUAACACCACUGGCUCUGCCUGCCACCUGUCCUUCGGGUUUCAGACCGUCCAGCCGGAUGCCCUGCUGCUGUUCCGAGGCCUCGGAGACACGUCUGUGGCGCUGCAGCUGCUCCGUGGGCGCAUUCACCUAUCCAUCCACGGCCACAGCCGGUCAAAGGCGCACCUCUCCCUUCCCCACACCACCAGUGAUGGGGAAUGGCAUUCGGUGCAGGUGAUGUUCGGGGAGACGGUGACCCUGGCCCUAAUCGAUGACAUCUGUAAGGAGAAAUGCACUGUCGGGGCUCCCCUGGAAAGCAAUCACUCAAUGUGUGCUCCCCAGAACUCUUUUUUGGGUGGGUUACCGACUGGAACAGCCAACCAUGGCGUCUCUCUCCUGAACGUCUCUGAUGGACCAUCCACGCCUCCGUUCAUCGGCUGUCUCCAAGACAUUCUGUUUGACAGGACUCACAUUACCCUGGAGAACACUGCCCCUGGCUGGUCAUUAAACAUCCAGACGGGCUGCCUGAGAAAGGACUGGUGUGCAGGGCAAACCUGUCAAAACAGAGGACGCUGCAUGAACCUGUGGCUGAGUUACCGGUGUGAGUGCGACAGGCCUUACACAGGGCCUGACUGUCUGAGCGAGUAUGUGGCAGGCAGAUUUGGCCAGGAAGACACCACUGGGUACGCUGUCUUUCAUCUUGAUGAGAGUUAUGGACAAAACUUCAGCAUCUCCAUGUUCAUCCGCACACACCAAACAUCAGGCUUACUUCUAGCUUUGGAAAACAGCACUUUUCAAUAUGUCCGCCUCUGGUUGGAGCAGGGAAGACUAGCAUUGCUGACUCCCGGAUCUCCCAAAUUAGUAGUAAAAGUUGUUCUGAGUGAUGGAAAUGUCCAUUUUGUAUCAUUGACAAUCACGCCAAAUGGAAUAGAACUGUAUCAGUCUUCACAAAGCCUGGGAUUUAUUUCUGCUCCUACAUGGACAGUCCAGGAAGGAGACAUGCUCUAUGUCGGCGGCCUGCCUGACAGGCAGGAGACUGAAGUUCAUGGCGGAUUCUUCAAAGGUUGUAUCCAGGAUAUAAGACUCAACAACCAAAAGCUGGAAUUCUUCCCCAACUCAACAACUGGUGUGUCCCAUCAUCCGUCUCUUGUUAAUGUGACCCAAGGCUGUCCUGGAGACAAUGCCUGCAAGUCUAACCCCUGCCGUCAUGGCGGGGCCUGCUAUUCCCUGUGGGAUGAUUUCUCCUGCUCCUGCCCCGCGCACACGGCCGGGAAAGCCUGUGAGGAAGUCCGCUGGUGUGAGCUCAGCCCCUGUCCUCCCAGCGCCCAGUGCCAGCCGGUGCCACAGGGAUUUGAAUGGUACAAAUCACUUUUCACAGUAGGAUUCCAAGAUUCAGAGCAGCCCAAGAGCAGUUCACACCUAGAUCCACUUAGAUCACCCACAGAGGCAUCAAGAAGGAAGGAGGAAAUCUUUCCUACAGCAAUCUUAACACAACUGUCAAAUCAACUUAGCGUUGAGGCCAUCCACGAACGUCUCAAGAAGGCUUCCUUGAAUGAAAUGAAUAAGAUAAACCACUGUGGUUAUUCCUCUUAUCUCUCUAGUCACAGCGGAUUGCCCUCCACGGCCUGUGGGAACGAGAAAACAAAUCUCACUUGCUAUCAUGGAGGGAGCUGCAUCGAGUUCCAAGCAGAAUUAAAAUGUAUCUGCCAGCCGGGUUUUACUGGAGAACGGUGUGAAGAGGACAUCGACGAGUGUGCCUCCAGGCCAUGCCAGAACGGGGGACUGUGCCAGGACCUGAGGAACCGAUUCCAGUGCGUGUGCGGCCUGGCCUUCGCAGGCCAGCGCUGUGAGCUAGACUUGGCAGAUGACUUGAUCUGGGACAUUUUUGUGGCCACCGGCUCUGUGUUGCUAGCUCUGUUGUUCCUCCUCCUGCUGGCCCUCAUCGCUUCCAUCGUGGCCUCCAACAAAAGUGCCACUCAGGGAAGCUACAGCCCCAGCCGCCAGGAGAAGGAGAGCUUCCGCGUAGAAAUGUGGAGCCACGCACCACCGCCAGCCGUGGAGAGGCUGAUUUAG